UUGUCGUAGUUUAUUUUCAUCCACACCACAGAGUAAAACUACAACCUCAGGAGGAGAAUGUUCCUCUGAAUCCGAAGCCCGUGCUCUACCCAGCGACUUUGCCAGAAGGGGAUAUCUGGUGUAACUGAAGGUGUCCCAAUCUCAUUUUGGAGAACAGUACUAUUUGUGUGCCACUUUCUGGAUUGAUUAACCAUCUUAGGUAGCAGAGUCCACCAUUUCUUGAUUUUUGGAGGUUAACAGUGUUCAUAUUCAACACUUUGCUAUUUCUUAACUUCAAGUGCAAGAGAACAAAGAGCAUAAAAUCCUUUAGAGUGUCAGCAGUCAAGAAUGCAUACAGGAAUGGCUUCGUUAACUCAACAUGCCUCCACUUUCAGAAGGGUGCAUUCUAGAAGCCAAGGGCUAUUGAAGUCUGGAAAACUAUCCCAACUCCAACGAUCUGCCUUUCCUAGUAUUCACAUUAAUCAAUCCUGCAUAUGCUGCACGAAGUUAACUCCAUGGGAGUCAUCACCUGUCACAUAUGCUCCUACUGAUAAUCAAAGUGAUACUUUUUUGCCGCAAAAUGCCAAUAUAUUUGAAACUCUUGAAUCUAGUAAAACAGCUGAUUCAUCAAUAACAAAUGCUGAAGGGGUUGUAGAGACAGAAUCUCAGCCAGGCCUGCAGCUUCAGGUUUUCAAAUGGCCAUUGUGGCUUUUGGGCCCUUCCGUUCUCCUAGCAACUGGCAUGGUCCCAACAUUGUGGUUACCGAUAUCAUCAAUCUUUCUCGGCCCCAAUAUAGCCAGCCUACUUUCCUUAAUUGGACUUGAUUGCAUAUUUAACCUCGGUGCAACCCUUUUUCUCCUCAUGGCUGAUGCUUGUUCACGACCAAAGUCUCCAACACAAGACUGCAAAAGCAAGGCUCCCUUCAGUUACCAAUUCUGGAACAUUGUUGCAACUCUUACCGGUUUUGUUAUCCCACUGUUGAUGAUGUUUGGAUCUCAGAAGGGUUUUCUCCAACCUCAACUACCUUUCAUCCCAUUUGCAGUUCUACUUGGUCCAUAUCUUCUUCUUUUGUCUGUACAGUUUCUGACCGAGAUGUUGACUUGGCAUUGGCAAUCACCAGUCUGGCUUGUUACCCCUGUCAUUUACGAGUCCUACCGUGUCUUGCAGCUAAUGAGGGGAUUAAAGCUUGGGGUUGAGCUCAGUGCACCGGCAUGGGUGAUGCAUACAAUUAGGGGGCUGGUUUGCUGGUGGGUGCUAAUUCUUGGUCUGCAGUUGAUGAGGGUUGCUUGGUUUGCUGGCUUAGCUGCACGAGCUCGUAAGCAGCAAUUGUCUUCUGAUACUUCUAGUGUUAAUGGUGAUUAGUGAUUAAUACAUUGUAAAAAUAUUCUGAAAGAGACAGAUUAUAGAAUAAGUAGAUGUUUAUUUUAGUUAUGGAUGUUUUCCAUCCCAUCCAUAUACCAUAGUGAUAGUGGUACACAUCUAAUAGAUAUAUACACAAGUAAAUUGCAUACAAGACUUACUUUAUCACUGGGCUUUAUGCUGUAUCAAUGGUUUUGUCUGUGCUAUCUUCAAGUUGUGAACAAAGUGGUUUAUCUGUUUUUACCUCAACUUAUGAAGAUGGAAAAAUUAUAUAGUGGUUGGUUCCAAGUAAAAGUUUAUGGAUUUAUUA